UCUUUAAGCAAACAGAGCCUGCGCUAUAAAAUCCGGGGCUCGGACGGAAUCUCAUCCCUGACUCGGGGUCGCCUUUGGAGCAGAGAGGAGGCAAUGGCCCCCAUGCAGAACAAGGUGAUCUGCGCCCUGGUCCUGGUGUCCAUGCUGGCCCUUGGCACCCUGGCCCAGUCCCAGACAGAGACAUGUACAGUGGCCCCCCGUGAAAGAAAUAAUUGUGGUUUUGAUGGUAUCACACCCUCCCAGUGUGCAAGUAGGGGCUGCUGUUUCGAUGACAGCGUUCGUGGGUUCCCCUGGUGCUUCCAUCCUAACACCAUCGACAUCCCUCCAGAAGAGGAGUGUGAAUUUUAGACGCUUCUGCGUGGAUCUGCCUGCAUCCUGACGCGGUGCCAUCCCCAGCACGGUGGUUAGUCCCAGAGCUCAGCCGCCACCUCCACCGGACACCUCAGACACGCUUCUGCAGCUGUCGGCUCACAACACAGAUUGACUGCUCUGACUUUGACUACUCAAAAUUGGCCUAAAAAUUAAAAGAGAUCGAUGUUAA